AUGCUCAACCCAUUCGCCGUGCGCGAGGAGGUAAGGCGACUGGGCCGGCGGAGGGGCCAGCGGAGGACCUCAGGCACAGCGGAAGAUAGACUUGCGCCCGUCAUUUUUUUGUUUUUCAAAACCCUAUUGCCCGCGCCCACGCGACCACGUUCUCUCCCGCGCUUUUUCGGCCCGCAGGUACAGCCCGUUCUGGAGGCCGCCGUGGCGCUGGGGCUGGACUUGGCUGACGGGGCGGAGAGCAGCGGGGCGGGCGGAGAGGGCGGGGAGGUGGCGGCGGCGGAGUUCUACUCGGCGGUUGACCGCGUGAGGGACGCGGUGGGCGCAAUGGAGGCGGAGAUCGAGCGCAGCCGACAGCUUCUCACGUCAGCCAUGGAGGUCCUUGCGGCCGCUUUCGACAAGCACGUUGGAGCAGUCGAUGCACUGGAAUGCUUCCCCCCCACGGCCGCCACCUCCCCCUCCGCGCGUGGCGGACUGCCGCCCCUCCCCGAGCUGCGCUGUCCCCCCUCACCCUCCUCCGCCUACGCGCUCUCCGGCUGCGAGGGCUCGGCGCGCUGGGGGGAGCGUGCGGCGGGGAGCGAGAUGGUGGCGCGGCUGCAGGCGAUGGCGAAGCGGCUGUUCGAGAACGGCGAGCGGCACACGCUGUUCCACACGUACAAGCGACGGCGGGGCGCCGUGGUGCGCGCAGCGCUGGCGGCAGCGGGAGUGGGAGUGGAGGAGCGGGAGGGGGCGGCCCAAGCGGAGUGGUCGUGGGAGGAGGCGGGGCAGCGGCUGAGGGAGUGGCGCGCGCACCUCCGAUUUGGACUGGCGCUGUGCUUGGCGGAGCAGCGGCUGAGCGAGGCGGUGCUGGGCGGCAUGGGGCAUCUGCGGCAGGAGUGCGUGGACGACCUCCUCGCGCCCUCCUUCGCCGCGCUGCUCGCCCUGCCAAGCCGCCUCGCCGCCUCGCCCCCCUCGCUGCACGCGCUGCUCCACGCGCUCUCCACCUUCCACGCGCUCAGGGACGGCUACCCGCAGGUGGCGGAGCUGUACCCGCGGCGCACGCAGAGGCAGCGGCGGCAGUACCUGGAGGUGCUGGCGCGCGUGGCGGGCGUGGCGAGGAGCGCCUUCCUCGCCACUGAGACCGCCUGGUCCCACCCCUCCCUGCUCGCGCUGCUGCUGGACGGGCAAGCUUCGGGGCAGGGCAAGGGGCAGGCCACGGGACAGGGGCAGGAGGAGGGAGGGACGCAGGCAGGGAGUGAGAGGGGCGAGGAGAAGGAAGGACCGGUGGUGAUAACGGCGCUGACGCAAGGGGAUGCAGGCGAUGGUGGCUCUCAGCAGGGGGGUGCAGCUGAGGCUGAGAAGGUGGAGGCGGAGGGAGGCGAGGGCGGUGGUGGGAGUGGAGAGGGCACGGCGGACACGGCUGUGGCAGCAGCAGGUGGCGACACCGCUGGGCAAGCAGGCAUGGGCGUGGGGCAGCGCAAGGGACGCAGUCUCUUGCUGCGCUUUCUGUCAGUGCGGCCACCGCAGGCGGCACCCCAGGCGGCAGCGACAACAGCGGGGGGGCGAGGGGCGGGAGUGGCGGCAUGCUUCCAGCCCAUCACGGGCGCCGUGGACCCCGUCACACUGCGCCUCCUCGACACCUUCCACCUCCUCUGCUCCCACGACCUGCCGUACCGCCGGCUGCUGGAGGAGGUGUUGGACACGCACCCCACCCCGCCGCCCGCUGCCUCCCACGCCUCCUCCCCCUGCGCCUCGCCGCACCCUGCCCUCACCCCGCGUGACCAGCAGCCGCCCACCCCCCACUCCGUGUGCAGCAGCCCCGCCACCAGCUGCUGGAGUGAAGCCUCCUCGCUGCCUCUGCCCGGCCAGCCCGGGGUGGGGGCGGGUGGAGGGGCGGGGAGGCGUGUGCAUGCGCGCAUGGCGAUGGUGAUCGCGGGGAGCAUCCGCGGGCUGGUGGGGGCGCUGGAGGCGCAUGCGGUGGGCAGCCGGGGCGACCUGGCGCUGAGCGAGCUCUUCCUCAUGAACAACCUCCACCACAUCGCCUCCCGCCUCUCCACGUCGAGCGUGGGCAAGCUGCUGGGGCUGGCGGAGGUGGGCGCGCAUGCCAAGCACGAGGAGCGGCACCGUGACCGCUUCCUGGAGCUCUCCUUCGCCAGGUUCCACUGCCUGGUCACCAACGACAGACUGCGGAGACCCGACGCCAUCCGGCGAUUGGUGGAGUUCUGCGCUGUGCUGGGAGAUGUGCUAGCCAUGCAGCAGACCUGGGUGGUGCCCGACCCCCACAAUGCUGCCACGCUGCGCUCUGCCCUGCGCUGGGGCCUGCAGCAGAUGCUCCAGGCAUUCCUCGCCAAACACAGGUCUGUGCUUCUUGCAACAAGUAGCAUUUCAGAGAUUGACGAAGCAUGGCAGCUAAUUUCCGAGGUCAACAACAGCCUCCGUGCGCAUACAUAA